AUGUCAGUUGUUUUUAAAUUUUGCCCUGGCACACACCUACAACACUACAAAGGCCACCAUGAACCGUGAGACCUAUGAGCCCAACGAAAUGGAUGCGGAGUUCGAAAGCUUUUGGGACAAGGUCAGUUGCUUCGCGGCCAACACAUUCCCCUUCGAGGAGCGGUGCGAUUUCGUGAUGAAGGCCAAGGAUUGCAACCGGAGCACCAAUGUACUGCCCUAUAUGAGGAUCCUGGCUUGCCACCUGAAGUGCAUUAAUGAAUUCGAGCAGUUGAUCUACAUCACUUUGUUUGUUGCGCUAUGUUUUCAGAUACUAGUCCUACUGAUCUACGUGUGCAACAACUACUACAGUCCUGCUCUGAAGGCCGUGUCGAAGUUCCUCCAUAUGAACGAGCAUGUGGCGGGCGUGACCUUGUUGGCCUUCGGGAACAGCUCCGCCGACCUGUUCUCCAACCUGGCCAGCGUUGGGUCGAAUGUGCCUGUGUUCGCCAACGCUUUGGCCGCUGCCCUGUUUGUGUCCAUGGUUUCUGGUGGCCUGGUCUGCUACAUGAGUCCCUUCAAGAUGAACGCCUACGAAAGUGUUCGGGACAUUUUGUUUCUUAUUUUCGGCUCGUCGCUGCUUCAAUAUUUUCUGUCAACCGACAACCGAGUGACUGAGCCUGAACUUAUUGGUAACCGGGAAAUCAAUUUGCUUAAUUUUCUAGUAUACAUUUUCCCCUACCAUUUAGUUAUGUUUCUGGUGUACGUAUCCUACUUGUUUGUGAAUGUAGCGGAUGUCUACCUAAUUCGGAGGGCCUUAAACGCAACGAAUGCUCAAAUCGAUGCUAUCAUGGAGGAAGAACUGACCCCGGAAAGACGAAGGCAGCUGAGCAUGCUGGAAAAAGAUCAGGCGGCUUAUAGCCGGAAUGCGGAAGUGGAGAUUUUCGAGAGGAGCAGUUCGGGACCCAACAUCAACAAAAUACGGUACACCACCAUGCGAAUGGCACGCAAUACCCGAGUGAGCGUCAACCAAAAAAAAACUCGAAAUGUGAGGCACAACCAGACGCUGGGAAAGAACUGGGGACUGUUCAAAGAGUUCUUCCUGGCCCUGAGGCCCCUGAGCUGCAAGAAGUGGCAGAAGGCCAACAUGAUCGAGCGGGCCUUGAUGUUGACCCAGAUUCCGUGUGUGUUGCUAUGCAGCAUCUAUAUCCCCCUGGUCGACUACGAACUGGAUAAACACGGCUGGAACAAGCUGCUGAAUUGCUUUCAAGUAAUGUUCAAUCCGGCGUGCACCAUUAUUGUCAUCAAAGCUUUGAUUAGCUCCAAUGGCAACACCCUGUGGUACGUGGCCAUAGGCGAUGAGUACGUUUAUGGACUCUACUCCCUGCCUUUUACCAUGCCAAUAGCCCUCUUUAUGUUCAUCCAAUCCCGAACCGACAUGCCACCAUUUUACCACUCGAUGUUCACCGUAAUGAACCUGACUGGGUCCAUGUUCAUGAUCUUUGCCUGUGCCACGGAAAUAGACAAGGUCCUGGAAGUGAUUGGCCAUUUGAUGGACGUCGAGGACGACUUCAUGGGCGCCACGGUGAAGGCCUGUACGGGCAGCCUGGGCCCGCUCAUUGCCAACAUCGCGAUGGCCUUGCACGGCUACCCGAAGAUGGCCUACGCUUCUGCCAUCGGGGGACCCUUCUUCACCGUCGUCUUGUCCUCGAGCACUGUGCUGCACGUCAGAAAUCUGUUCGGCUACAAGGUCACGCUACUAAGCCAGACGGGCAAUUACGGUGGAAACGCUUUCAUUUUUCUGAACAUUGGCCUUUUCUCCGCACUGCUCUGGUCCACAACGUUGGGAUUUUUCGCCCGGCGCUCCAUGGGCAUCUUUUGCGUGGUCUUCUACUGUAUCUAUCUGACUUUUGCCAUCUUGAUUCAUGGAAAAGUGAUUCAUUCGUUUUCCGUGGACAUGCCACUUCAAGCUGCUUUCGGUGAUAUCUAGACUGACAGAAAUUGUAUCAGUGUGUUAUUAUAAAAAUAAAUAAUAACUU